AUGAAGUAUCUGUUUGGAGAUUUGGCACUGAGGCCAUAUGUGGCCAUCAUAAGCUGUCGUGGAGAAGUUCACCUGGGUGUGGGGCUGGGAGGGGCACAGGGAAAAAGUGCGUAUGGAGAUAAGGAAAUACCAGCGCCAAGUCAUUUGGAGGACCAGAUCAAUGAGCAGCACCUUCGCCUCAUUGAACGAAUGUUCAAAGAGGCAAAUAAAACAGGAGGCAAAGGUCUAAACAUGAAGGAUUUUAGAGAGGCCAUGAAGAAGAUCAUGAAGGAUGUGGAGGAUGAAGAUAUUGACAUUAUCUUCAUGAAGGUGGACUCCAACUGUGAUGGCAUUCUGGAAUGGGAGGAUUAUCUGGACUACAUGUUUCUUGAAUACAAACAGAAAGACAUUCUGCAGCAGAAGAAUCGGCUACUGUACUUCCCCAAACCUCUGAAGAUUGUUCCUGCAGACCACCAUGACAUCAUUGUGCAACUACAGUUCUAUUCUUUCCAACACCCUGCUGGUGACAAGAAGAUGGACCCUGGAGAGCAUGGCACGGCUGUGGGCUCGGUCAAUGGUGGCCGAUAUCUGUCCAUCAGUCAAAAUGGAACUCUAAGCUUCUGGAGUGAGAGCUUCAAACUACAGCGAACUGUAAAUAUCAGUAAGAUGGCACACACUGCUGGCCAGCCCAUCUCGGUGACAAACAUGCUCUGCUUGGGUAACAUCAACCAGCUCUGUAUCUCAUUUUCUGGUCGUGAUAUAGAGUUCUAUGAUGUUAGCGUCAGUAAAUGUGAACUGAUUUACUCUCUGUCUGGGCUGGAGGCCAACGUGUUGGUGAUGGACUAUUGGACUGAUGGGAAGAGAGGAAUUUACUCAUUUGGAGAUUUCAACGGCACUGUUUUCAUAUUCACUUCAGCGAAUGUGGUGCAGAAUGGUCUGUUCAACAGUGUAGCAUUUAAAGCUGCUGGAAACAUACCCCGCAUAGCUGUGAGCAACCUACUGAAGAACAGCUGCAUUCCCUUUCUCUGCUUUAAAGUUCCGCUCCAUAGCGUCUGGAUCCGUCAGAUCCGCUAUAUUCCCGAUCUGAACUCUGUCGCCACCUGCUGUACUGCAGACCGCACUACCAUGGCCCUCACUACAGUGCCCCACUCCAGCAUAUGCAAAAUUGACACUGCCCGCUUCCAUGUGCAGAUGGGCAUUAUGUGCUUCGAUUACUCACCUGAGUUCAAUAUCCUGGUGACAGGAGGUUUUGAUGGAGUAAUCCGUGUGUGGAAUCCAUAUGUGACCUCUCGGGCGACAUCUCAAUUGAAAGGCUGUUCUGCCGCCAUCACGCACUUAAUGGUGAAUGGCAAACAAAACAUAGUCAUCAGCGUUUCCAAAGACAAGAGUGUGUGUGUGUGGGACUUGCAACAUUGCAAGUGUGUGCAGAACAUCCAUCCCAGGAACAUCAGAUUGGGUCGAUUCCCCAUCUCUUGCACCUACUACAACCACAACACCAACACUGUUGUUCUGGCUACAUACAACAUUGGAGUUCUUCAAGGGCUUGUGGAUGGCAAAGACAACACCAUGGCUGAAACAGUGACGUCUCAUGAGCAGCCUGUCUGUGCAGCUCUGUACAACGCUAACUUCAGACAGGUGGUGAGUGGAUGUCGUGCUGGUGAGGUGAACGUGUGGGAUAUCUUGAGUGGAGAGAAGGUCAUGCAGUUCCAGGCCAACCCCAAGCAGCCAGUGGAGGUGACUGCCAUGGCUUUUGAUGGCCUAAAGCGGCGCCUUAUCACUGCCUCUACAGACGGCAUGCUGCGUCUCUGGAACUUUAACAAUGGAGCGCUGCUCAGACAGCUCCCUCUGGUGGACAACAGUGAGAAUACAAUGCAGGUGAUGGAUAGUGGCAGUAGGGAUACAGAUACCACUCAGAAAGUUGUUCUGAAUGUCAGUCACACGAAGUCCAGUCGACGCAAUAUUGUAAGCCCUCCUCCAUCCAACUAUUCACAGGCUAGGCGGUGUCGCUUCCAAGCUCCAUUUCAAAGUGGGUCUGGGAUGGAUAGGAUUAAGGAAGCUCUGCAAAAGCCCAAAGAAGGCAGCGUAGUCAGUGCUGUCAAUCUCAACACAUCCAGCAUAGCUGUAGUGAAGGUUUUGUUUUUGAACACUCGUGAGAUGAGUCCCGAUACAGCCAUCCUGCUGAGCAGCGCAACAGAUGGCUACGUGUAUGCCUGGUCCAUUAGCCAGAGUGGGGGCCUCCUAGGGAAGUUCAGGCCAGCCCAGCGAGAUGACCUAUUCAUCAGCUCCAUGUCCACUGACUCCCGUGAUCAGAUGCUGCUGACUGGAGACAGCCAUGGAUACAUCAUGUUGUGGGACAUAGAAAAGUAUUGUUACCAAAUGCACAGACAGAGUUUGUGCGAAGAUAAAAGCCCUGGUGAGGAAUCUCUCAGGCUGUGGGAACUCAUCCCGUACUACUGCAGGGUGCAGGGUCCUCGUGCAGUGGGGGUGCAGCAGGAGAAAGAGGUGAUAGACGGGUGGAGCGUGUCUCUCACCCCUCCUGAACUGCUGAGCUCAUGGCGUUGUCACCUUAAAGGAAUAGCGCACCUGGAGUAUGUGGAACGCUACCAUCUCAUUAUUACAGCAAGUGUAGACUGUAAUGUGCGUCUGUGGACUAUUGCUGGACACCACAUAGGUACCUUUGGGCAGAGUUGUUGGCAAGUGGGCAAUCUUGAUGCCAGGCCCUAUGAGCUGCCUCUGGACCUGAGGAGAGCAGGUUCAUUCCAGACCCUCAAAGUGCUUAACAAGGGACGACGUCCACACUGGAGGUCUGUCAAGUACAUCUUGCCAAUCCUGGCAUCUCAGAGACGGCAUCAAUCUUCCAUGUCCAAGGAAGAUCUUUCGGCUGCAGACGCCAACAUCAGCACCUACAGCCUUGAGCAGAUCGACCACACCUGGACAGUCAGGCAGGAGAGGGGCAAGCAGCUACGGGUCUAUAAUGCGAUGCACUGCACCGAUCUCCUUCCCAUCAUCCAGCACCCCAUGCCUGAUAUUCUAAAAAAUCACCAGCAGAGGAUGCCCAAGACCUCCAAGACAGGCCAUAAGCAGAAAAAAAUCCUUUAG